GACUUGGUAACUGCGGCUGAUCGGGAUAAGAAGCGGAUAUCAUCAUGUGGCAGUACCGGACGAUCGGCCUUUUGGCCUUACUGCUGCUUGCAGCGUGUAUCCAAGCGCGAGAGACCGAAUUACUGCGUUCGAAGCGUUACAGUGGAAGUGGAGGAUCAUACUCCUCCAGCAGUGCCAGCAGUUCGGCCAGCGCAAGUUCGUAUGGGGGUGGUAGCAGUUAUUCCAAAUCCAAUGCUCAAGCUGCCGGCGGUGCCACAGCAGGUGCCUCGGCAUUGGCGAAUGCCGCUGGAUACGGAGGAGGCGGUGGUCAUGAUGGUUUCGGUGGCGGUGGUCAUGAUGGUUUCGGUGGCGGUAGCAGUGGUCUAGGAGGUGGCGGUGGUCUAGGAGGUAGUGGCGGUGGUCUAGGAAGUGGCGGCGGUCACGGCGGUUAUGGAGGCGGUGGCUCUGGAGGUCAUGGAGGUGGCAGUGGCAGUAGCGGUCUAGGUGGAUUCGGAGGCGCCGGUGCUGGAACCGGAGGAGGCAGUGGAGGCUACGGUGGUGGAUCCGCAGGAAGCAGUGGAGGCUACGGUGGUGAAACCGGAGGAGGCAGUGGAGGCUAUGGUGGUGGAUCCGGGGGCAGUGGAGGCUAUGGAGGUGGUGGUAGUGAUCAUGGAAGUGGAGUUGGUAAAGUUAGUGGAGGUCUUGGCGGUGGUCAAGGUGCAUCUGGUGCCGGAAGUUACGGUGGAAGCGGUUCUUUAGGUCAUGGUGGUGGUGGUGGUGGUGGCUCCGGAGGAUAUGGUAAUGAUGGUGCCGGUGGUGGUUAUGGCAGUGCUGGUUCUAACGCAGGUAGUUACGGUGGUAGUAGUGCCGGUGGUUACGGUGGUAGCAGCGGCAGCUUAGGCGGUGGUUAUGGAGGUGGUCAUGGAGGGCUUGGAGGUAACUCCGGUUUAGGUGGCGGACCUGGUAAAUGGAGCGGCGGUGGCGCAGGUAGCGGACAUGGUGGAGGUCUAGGUGGUGGACAUGGAGGAGGUUUAAGUAGUGGACAUGGAGGAGGCUUAGGUGGUGGCCAUGGAGGUGCAGGAGCAUCGGGUGGCGGUCUUGGAGGUGGUUUGGGUGGUGGGCAUGGAGGAGGCUUGAGCGGUGGAUAUGGAGGUGCAGGAGCAUCGGGUGGCGGUCUUGGAGGUGGUUUGGGUGGUGGGCAUGGAGGAGGCUUGAGCGGUGGAUAUGGAGGUGCAGGAGCAUCGGGUGGCGGUCUUGGAGGUGGUUUGGGUGGUGGCCAUGGAGGAGGCUUAAGCGGUGGAUAUGGCGGAGCAGGAGGAUUAGGUGGAGGUCAUGGAAGUGGUUUGGGUGGUGGACACGGAGGAGGCUUAGGCAGCGGACAUAGCGGAGCAGGAGGAUUAGGUGGAGGUUCAGGAAGUGGUUUGGGUGGACAUGGAGGAAGCUUAGGCGGAUAUGGUGGAGGUGGAUGUUCUGGAGGAUGCGGCGGAAGUAGCGGCGGAGCAAGUAAUGCUCAAGCCAGCGCUAGCGCAAACGCCGGUGCAGGUAGUGGAGGAUACGGAAGUCCCGGAGGUCACGGAGGUCCCGGAGGUCAUGGAUCGGGAGUAGAUUUAUUCUCCCGUAUCGGUGAUACCGAUGAAGGUGCGAGUGGCAAUGUGGAAGGUGCCAAAGGUGUUUACAGCAGCAGCGCAGCUAAUAUAGAUAGUUCUGGUAAAGGUACUUAUUCCGUGAAAGCGGGUAAAAUUCCGGCGUAAUAUCUGUGUUUAAUUUUCAAAAUUAAAUAUUACUUCGUUAAAAAUUCUGCCGAUGAUUGAUGAGUGUAUUAGCUGUGAUUAUAAUCGUAUUUUGUGACAUAAAUAUAAUACAACAAAAUUAUAAAAGGUCUACGCUUUAUUUACUUUAUAAUUGUCAGAAAAAUGAUUCUGUGUAAAAAUAAAUCUCUAUGUAAAUUGUG